GGAGUUCUGGUGAUGGUGGAUGGUAUAGGAGGAGGAGAUGUUCCUAUGGACAACAAAGGAUUUUCACUGCAACAGUGCUCUCAGUGUUGUCACCAUCAAUUUUAAUGUUUCCGAGCAGGACAGCAAAUCAUCCCAACCAGCCCAGACCCUAGUGAUUGGGAACAGUUCUCCCACACCCACAGCCACUGUUGAGGAAGCAGAUUUGCUGCAUUUGACUCUUAAGCAAACUGAGUUUCUGGAAGGCCUUGACAGCUCAGAGAUGCUGCCAUCUUUGACAGACUUCAGUGCCCAGACUAAUCAGAGCCACAUGCAGACUACUGAUUUUUUGCCACCAAUAUAUGAAGAUGAUCUUGCCAUUGCUAGAGACAAUUUUGCUGUUGUUGAUGAUGCUAUUGAAAAGAUGCUGUUGCAUGGAACAGUGAGAAGUAACAACACUGCUGAUGACCUUGCCCCAUCUUCUAAUGACCAGAAAGUCCUGGGGAGUGCCUGUUGUGCCGAAACUAACUUUGCAAGCUCUUCAUCACUUCCAUCGUAUGGAAAGGCAGAUGGUACUUCAUCUUGCUCUUUAGAGCACAGCAGCAGUCUUGCAUCGCUGAGAGCAGCCACUGCAUCUUUCAGUUUUGGGCAGGUAGAGGAAGACAUAAACCAGGCAGCAGGGGAGAAUGGUGUGGCCAGUGACAGUGCAAUUGGCAGCCAGGGGGGCAUAGACACCAGCAGCUACCACAGUCAAGUUCCCAUGAUUUGUGCCAAUGAUUUCAGCUCAUCAGAAUCUGGACAAGAGGGAGCAGCGCCUGCAUCUGAAGUAGGAACAUGCGACACUACCAUCAGCAGCCAGGGAUCUGCAGCAAGCUCCAUGGACCUUAUCAACAGCAGGAACGAGGACUUGGUGUAUUCCUACCGCUUAUCCUUCAACCAGGAUGCUGUUUACACAGCAUCUGCCAUCCCAAUUCCACUGAACACUACCAACAACUUCCACAGUAACAGGAUUCUGCAGGGUAGAAGCAGUCUUCAGUUAUCACCGCUUAUAUCCGAAACCAAUGCUGUUGCUGCUUCACCCCUGUGCAACUCCAUCUCUGAUUUUGGUGCAGAAAUCAACAAUUCCAUCCUUCCACCCAUCACUCUUUUGGCGCAGCAGAUAGUGAGGAAUGCUUACCAUCAGACUGCAAUAUCAAAUAUCACAGCCUCAGAAAAUGGAAGAAACAAAGAAUCUUGCAACCCUGCAGCAGACAAGGAAGAGCAAAAAAGUCCUGUCCUCACUGACAUAUCAGCUUACCAUAAAGUAAGAAACCAGCCCCCUCUGCCAAACGAUGUCAACACCGAGAACAAUCAGGGAGACAGGGAGGGCACUGCGGCCAAGGGCGGGCAAGUAACAGACACAGGCAGCCUGUCAAAGCAAGGAACAAAGUUAGCACAUUGGAAUGCUGAAACCGUUACAGCUGGCUGUCUGCAGCCCACCGGAAAGACCAGGCAGUUGCCCCAACAUAAAGACAUUGAUGAUGAAGAGGAAGAGCGUGUACCUGAAAAUAGCAUCUACGAGGUGCCUGGAGGAGAAGAGGAGGAAGAAGCAGAAGCCUAUCAAGACAACCCCUCAAACAGGCCUCUGUUUGAACCUCCACCUGAUGCUUUGUAUCAGGUUGAAGCCACACAUGCAUAUUAUGGAGAGGAUGAGGAUGAACUGUCAUUUGAAGCAGGAGAUAUUAUUUAUGUAAUUCCAUUUGAAAAUGAAGAUGAACAGGAUGAAGGAUGGCAGAUGGGAGUCAGACAGAAGGAUGGCAUAAAAGGUGUCUUCCCUGAAAAUUUUACACGCCAAUUGUAGAAAAGUUCUCAAACAGUGGGCAGAGCAAAUCUGAAAACAAUUCCAGACAGAUCAUCUUACCAAGGGAGCAAGUUGUCCUCAUGGGGCUUCAAGUAUUAUUUUAAAAAUAGUUGCUGCAUGUGGUUCUAUGAAACACCUAUAGGUGUUUUUAUAUCUGUGGAGGCUGCCACUUUGUAGUGUGUUCAUUUUUACUCAUCUGUAAAAGAUGAAAACAACUUCCCUGUACUGUCUAUAGUAUAUGCAAGAUAAAGAGAAUAAUGUUCUGCCUUACAGUGCUUUGCUCAUUUCAUACUCUGGACCUCAUUGUCAAAGACUUCUGUAACCAAAUUGUAGCCUUAAAAAUUUCUUGAUGGUACCUCAUAUAAUUAUUUAGCACUGGUCCUCUUGUAUGGCUUUCUUCAACACUUUGUUGAAUAUUUGACUAUAUGGGGCAGAUUUGUAGAUGGCUAUCGAACAAAUGUAUCCACCAUAGUCAUAUAUUCUAUAUUAUGUGUGCAUGUUAGAAGGCUGUUAACCCAGUUCAGUAUUACUGAACCUUUUAUACCCUACAGUCUCUUUGCAGACCUUUUUUAGUGCCUUACUGCAUAAUGAAUGUUGAAAUAUAUAUGAUGAAAAUGUUUUUUGUUUUAUGUUGUAUAUAAAAGUUACCUGUUGUAUGUAUUGUAGGAAAAAUAUUUAAAACUCUGCUUCCAGCUUGUAAGGUAGAAUGUAUUGAGGUGGAGAAUCGUUCCAAAUUCUUUUUCUUUAUUUCCUUUUAAAGAUAUAAAGACCUGUCUAUACUGCUGUUUCUGCUUUGUGCUUGUUUUGUUUUUUAAAAAACUUGCAUUAGUUUCAGGUUGAUGUGAACAGAAUAUGAUACACUGAACUAGAACUCAAUGUUACAUUUAAAGCACAUUUUUUAAAGUAAAACUGAAAUUCAGUUUUAAAAACAUGUUUUUCUUGUAUUCUUUGUAUUAAGUUACUUUGAUGUUCAUGUUAAUAACUAUUUAAAGUAGUUAAAUCAAGCAUCUAUACACAUUACCGAGGUAAGGCUGUUGUGGUGCAAUGUUACAUUCUUGUUUCUAUUCACUUCAUCAUUCCAGAAUGUUUGGGGGGGGUUUUUUAACCUCAGACUGAUUCUGUUCUUGUUAAAGGUUUGAGAAAAUAAUGUAUUACAAUGCAUUAUUGUUUUUAAAUACUCAUUACAAUGUUUUGUGGUUUUCUGAUCUAGAUGUAUAUAUAUAUCCUUUAGCACGACUGCUAUGCAAUUGAACAAUCUCAUGGUGAUGUCUCCUGGAUGUGAAAACUCCCAAGCUUCCUUUUGAUGGUUGUGUCAGUCUUAAUGUUUCUUCCUGCAUUAGGUUAGGCUUUGUCACUUUAUGAAUGUAUGUGUGUUAUUAAAAGGAACAUAAGUAGUUUGGGAAACAUUUUUAGCUGAGCCAUCCACAAAAUGUAUCUUUGCAGCAAUAUGCUGGAGCAAAGUUAUAUGAAAAUGCCUGUAAGCUUAUUCAAAAUUAUAGACUCAUGCCAGUCUGCAUGAUACAUCAGCAUGGAUUAUGCACAUUUAACAUCCUGUUCUUGAAGCAGUUAAGAAUGUAUUAACUAGGGGGAAAUAUACAUAUAAAAGGUGUGGGCGGUAACAGCUACUCAGGGUUUUAUUUUACCUAUAAUAAUUUGUACACCAUAGCAUAUAUCACGCUGUUUUGCUUCAUGCUUUAUGGUUCUGAGGUUGGGUAGGUACAGUGUAGGGCCAUUUAGCCGCGGUCCAGUAAUCCGAAAAUUCAAUUAAGCUUGGAUCCCAAUUUUUGGACACUAUGGAUCAUACGGACCUGGACAUGGCCUCUCAAACACUCGAGACAGGUGUUGACGGCUGUCAUUUUGGCCUUUCGAAUGUCCAUGAUUGACACUAUCGCAGAUUAAAUAUUUAAAUUCUGGCUUAUAAUUUCAAAGAGGUAUUUAUUGAAGAUUAGUCUUUUAUUUAUUAAUAAACAAUAAAAUAACACGAUGAAAUUCAAAUAUUAGUCUGUUUUAUCCACACUUGAGUGGCAACAUUAUGGAGGCCGCCAUUACAACUGAUUCAUACCUUACAAUGCUGCAAAGUUAAGAGAAAGGAUUGUGAUCAAAAAACAUUUAUGUUUUCAUUAUUGUAAUUUAUAUUUAUAUAAAAAUAUUUAAGCCAUGGUUAAGCAGUUUGGACCCCAAUCACAGCGGCUUAAUGGCCCUACAUGGUAUAUAUAGUGUACACUGGGAAAAAGUACAAAGCGGUUUUGAAGUUUUUAGUUUACCACCAUAAGUCAAGUUUGGCAAAAGGCAAGAUUAUGAGUUUUACUAGAUGACUGGCACAUACCUGUACAAUAUAUACCAUACUCAUAUGAUUCAUAUUAAUGUUCAGAGAAACAGUAUAAAACAGUAUUCAGACAUUUUCCCCUAAGUUUCAAAUAUUCAGCUUCAGAUCUUCAAGUUAUCUUUUGUCCUUUUCCAAUGUAUAAGAUUGAGUUUAGUUCAAGAUGUGACUGAGCAUUGGGCACCUAUCACCUCUUUCAACGUCCCUUCCAUCUAGAAACUUUUUUUUUAAAUAGAGUGGGUGGAAAGAAAAGUUAAAAACCUCAAGGAACAUAGGUUUAUAAGUCAAAACUAUAUUCCAGAUGUGAACUUCAUUGAUGUUUCUGCUCUCGCUUGUUAGUAGCACCUCAGCAGUUCAGCAUGUCAUCAAGCUGUUAGUGGUGACUCUUAAGCAAUGUCUUGAGUUUCUAGGAUAAUUUUUUAUUCAUUGCAUCUUCCAAUACCUUUUAUCAGCAUCACCCUAGUUUGCUUUUUCUAUGUCCCUUUACUUCUUAUACUUGACACAUAAUUUCUUGUACUUAACAAAUAACUUCCUCCUCCCUUGCCACCAGUAUAGUUUCAGCUCCUUUUUCAUGAAUUGCAGUGCAUGUUUUAUUCAUUUAUAAGUAUUUUUGUUCCUAUCCCAGUUCCUAUCCUAGUCUGACUGUAUCAGCCAAGCGCAAUCUUUUAACCUAGUCUUUGAUUUAUAGGAUUUUCUGAUUGGUAUGUACCCCAACACACCCUUACUGAUAGGAGCAUGACUAAAUUAUACAGAUGUACCAGAACCUUUUUCUGUGCUUUUUAGAGUAAACUUGACCAGGAUAGAUUGUAUUCAGUUUUCAAAAAAAAAAAUCUCAUAUGGCAACUACAAAAAAAACCUGCACAUCGUGCUGAAAUUCCUUGGUGGUGGUUUGUGGGGUGGAAGGGGGUAUAUUGAGGAUGUUAAGAUAAUAUAUUAAGCCUUAGACUACCGCCACAUGAAGGGUUAUUGUUUCAACCUAGAUAUAGGACAUUAUCAUUUACACUUUUGGACAAGACCACGUAAGUCGAUGGACCUGUUUAAUUUGGAUUACAAUAUGUUAAUAGGGUUUUUUUUUUAAACAUUGGCUGUUGUUAAGCAGAGAAAUUCUCAGUACAUGCUGUAGCACAUUUUCAAGGAAGUUUGGGGGCUAUAUGUUUGUUAAUAGCAUAAUUUAAUAAUUUCAUUUCUUCCAUUUUGAAUUUAUCCUUAGUGCACUUUUUUAUGACUGACCUCAGCUUUACUAAGACAAGCACAUCCAAUGUAUUUAUCCAAACCAGCACAGAGCCUAAUCCUACAUGUACGCCAAGAAAACCCUUUCAUUGAUUCAUUGUAAAGCCAUUACUAAGCCAGCCAUGCUCAUUUCAACAAUUCAAGCUAGUGUUAGUCAUGAAGCCCAUUUUGUUCAUUAAUCUUGAGCAAGUGUUAGGAUUUGUUUGUGUACACAUGUAUGUAGCCACAAGAACCAAACUUAGCCAGUGAAUCAGGUUUAUCAAACUGCAAGUCUACAUUUAGGUAAUGUGUCCAUUCCUACCCAGACAUCUUUCAUGCAAUGAAAUUUUUUCUUGAACAAGAAGAGGGCUUCUGAUUUUGUGACAGGGUACUUCAUGAGUUAUCCAUGCAUUUGUGUGUUUCUAUAGAGCAAGGAAAGGACUGAUUGCUAAAUGCAGUUUUACAGCCAACUUGCACAUAACUGUUUUAUUUACUUCCAAAUGUCUGUGCCAGAAAAUAAGGGCCAGUCACAGGUAACUGAUCAGGGCACAAGUUUACAAAUGCUGCUUGCAAAAUAAGUUUUUUGUAAUUUUCGUAGUGUACAGAUUUGCAAUUCAAAUCGUAACUUUUUCUUGUUGCUUGGCUUACAAAACUGUGAUUAUACGUGCAUGUCCUAGACCCUAUAUAAAAUUGUUACUUUUUUUUAAAUCUGCCCUUUCAUGUGGCACUUUGUUGUCCUCCAUACAAACUUACUGCAUCAUGUUGAUUCAUAUAGACAUUCCAUGCAUUUUUUCCAAGAUGUGAGAGUGGCAUGCUAUCAUGUGGUGAAAGUGUUGCAUGUAUAAAUGGUGUAUGCUUGUUACCCAACACUCCUAGGCAAAUGGCGACCUAGAACUGGCUCUGGAUCAGGAUGUUAUAAGUAACUAAAGGUCAAGAUGGCAGUCACGAAAUGGUGAAAGUGAUCUUUUGACCUCCUGACAUCAGUUCAUGAAAUGAGAAAUUUGAUGUCACAAGCAUAUAUUUGUGCCCAAAAGCUGAUUCAAACAAUUCAAGUUUCAACAUUUUUUUCAUGUGUGUGAGUGAUGAGUCAAAUAUUGAUCAAAUUCUAGCAGUAAAUACAUUUUCUUUCAUCAUAAAUUGUUUUCUGUACAAUGUUUUUGUUCAAAACAAAAUUUGUAUUCAAGAUGUGUAUGCACAUACCGUAAAUGUGGCUGAGGCAUCAUACUAAAUACUUCACCACUUCAAGCAUUUCAAUCAAGAUUAGGAUGUGGGAUGAUAUUUGCCUGUAGUUAAUUUAGUUGCAGAAUUUUUUUAGUAUAAGCUCUUUUGGAUUAUUGUGACCAUUCUGCAAGACAUUUUGAAACAAGUUUUGAUUGCCAAGUGAAAAAAGUAUUUUCUCUUUCCUUCACCCAUUCUAGCUUGUCAUUCAUCAAAAGCACAGCUUGAGUGAAGCAGUUACUUAAUGCCUAGAUUGCUGUAGCUACCAGGCUAAAGCAGUUUUCAGUUAGUAUCCACAUUGCCAUCACCCCUCCUUUUUCUAUUGUGAUUGUUAUUGAAGCAGCUGUCACUUCACCCUAGCCUGUUGAUAUUUAUACAAGUGCAACUCAUCUAUACAUUUCUUCCAGUGACAUACUUUAGACCUACAUAAACAGUAUUGACAUAUUCAUAUUUUUUUCAUUUUUGCAAGAGUUGGCUUCCAGUUUGACAAUGCAUAUUGGGUUUUUCCCCCUCCAUGGCUAAGAUGUUUCAUUUGAGAUCUAUUUGAAAGAUCGUAUUUCACUGUUGGCCAAAAUUAAACAAUAUUUCAUGUCCUCUGUCCAGUGCUCAUAGUGUAAAAAUACCAAAGGUAACUUUUCAUUCAUCAAUCCAAAUAUCUUUAAGUGUAUCUGCUCUGUUUCACUGCCAUUUUCUUCAUGGCGUUGACAGAUUAGGGGUUUGCAUGCUAGUGAUCAUAGCAAGAUCAGAAAUGAGAAGUAUCUGGCAUUUUGUCUUUUUAACACUUCUUGCACUUAUCUCAGUCGCUGGAUGGGAGGGCAAAAGCACAGACAUAAUGGCCAGCAUCUCCCAACUAUUUAGUUCAAGCAGUAGCAUAGGAAGAUGCUCGGCUUUGGGAGGCGAACUCCAUGGUGACAAUGAUCCACCUUCUCAUUCUUGUCCGCUCAUCUUUUUUGAGGGAGCGGCUGCCGCCCCCUCUAUGCCAUGGUGUUCAAGCAUAAAUAUCUGUUACUAAGUGUAAAAUUCUGUGCUUAUAAAAAAGUUUAACUUGUAAAACUGCACGGAAAACAUUUGUCACCUGAAAAUUCAGCCAAGUCCAGUUGAACAUCAAUUUGUACUUUCAGUGCAUUUUCCUAACUGAAUUUUCUAUAGAAAGCAGACAUCUAGUAAAAAUAUUCAAGUUGUUGAGAGUAUAUGCGAAGUUUGUAAACGUCAGGACUUGUUACAUGAAGCGCAUUUACCCAGCUGUUACUUUACCUAAGCAAGGUGAAUCAACCACCUGCAAAUAGCUUUAACCCCACACUCAUGGCCUCAGGAGUAGGUCUAAGCCUAAUCUUUAUCUGGUAGUUCAUAAGAGGUAGCCGACAUUAGGAUGUCAGAUUAUAAUUCAGUUAACAGAAACACUUUUUCUAGACCUUCCAAAUAACUGGACAGUUUUACCAAUUUUUCUAGACCUAGCCAAUAAGCUGUUCAAAUGUAAUGGUACAGAACUGGUAGAUACCACAAAACUGAAUGUCGCAAUCAACACGGUGCCCUUGUUGGUCAUUCUGUUUCUGAAUAAAAUAUUUUUGGUGUACUUGUUUGAACAUUAUUUGGUCAAAAUGAAUAAACUUAACUUUCUGCACCUUC